GUCGGGGGAGGGGUCUCUUCAGCUUCUGCCCAGCCUGACCACCCAGCUCUUCCUGAGCAAGGUCUGAACAUACUGCUGGCCUCUCCGUCCAUUCCCGUGCUCUGCGGGGGACAGGAUAUGCGGGGCAGACCCUCCGCAGCGCUGGGGCCUUGGUUUGACCCGAGAUGGGGGAUACCCCUGAUGGUGCGCUGGGGGUGCGCGCUCACCACCUCAGAGGCACCGGGUCGGGACUACAGGGCGGCUCCCGCGCUGUCACGCAGACCAGCCCCGCCCCACAUGCUGAAGCCGCACCCCCACUCGCCACUCCGCAGACCUCGCCGCCGAGGGGCGGGGCCUCGGAAGUGGGUGGGAAGACGCGGCCAAUCAGAGCGGGGACGGUGUGGGCGAGACCGCGUGGGGGCGCCCGCACUGACCCUCGGCGACUGGGCGACGGGCGCGCGGGGCGGGGCUUCCGGUUGGUGCGGGUAGGCUUCCGCUCCUAAACGCCGUGCAUGGCCGAGUUCAGGUUAGCGGCCUGGGCUCCGCUCGCUGCAGCCCGCGUCCGCUCCUUGUCCCUGGGCCGCCGCCACCCGCCGCCUGCGUUCUGCUCCACCUGGGACGCCUCUCGCGGCGCCAACAUGGAGCCGACGCCCCACUGGCUGGCGGGACUGCGCUUCGACAACCGCGUCCUGCGGGCUCUGCCGGUGGAGACCCCGCCGCCGGGCCCCGAGGGCGCCGCGUCCGCCCCGCGGCGAGUGCCCGGAGCCUGCUUCAGCCGCGUGCGGCCCGCUGCCCUGCGCCAGCCGCGCGUCGUGGCGCUGUCGGAGCCCGCGCUGGCGCUGCUGGGCCUGGGCGAGCCGCCGGCGGACGCCGCGGCCCGGGAGGCGCGCGAGGCGGAGGCCGCGCUGUUCUUCAGCGGCAACGCGCUGCUGCCGGGCUCCGAACCCGCCGCCCACUGCUACUGCGGACACCAGUUCGGCCAGUUCGCCGGGCAGUUGGGCGACGGCGCCGCGAUGUACCUGGGCGAGGUGUGCACGGAGGCCGGCGAGCGCUGGGAGCUGCAGCUCAAGGGCGCCGGCCCCACGCCCUUCUCCAGAGAAGCUGAUGGUCGCAAAGUCCUGCGCUCGAGCAUCCGAGAGUUCCUGUGCAGUGAAGCCAUGUUCCACCUGGGGAUCCCCACCACGCGGGCUGGGGCCUGCGUCACAUCUGACUCCACGGUCAUGCGCGAUGUGUUCUAUGAUGGUAAUCCAAAAUAUGAAAAAUGCACGGUUGUGUUGCGUAUAGCUUCCACUUUUCUAAGGUUUGGAUCCUUUGAGAUUUUUAAGCCUGCAGAUGAGUACACAGGGCGCGCAGGCCCCAGCGUGGGGAGAAAUGACAUUCGAGUGCAGAUGCUUGACUAUGUGAUCAGCACUUUUUACCCUGAAAUCCAGGCUGCUCAUGCCAGCGACAGCGUGCAGAGGAACGUGGCCUUCUUCCAAGAGGUGACGCGGCGCACAGCCCGCAUGGUGGCCGAGUGGCAGUGUGUAGGCUUCUGUCACGGCGUGCUUAACACAGACAACAUGAGCAUUGUGGGGCUCACCAUCGACUACGGGCCCUUUGGCUUCAUGGACAGGUAUGACCCAGACUACGUGUGCAACGCUUCCGACAACGCCGGGCGCUACACGUACAACAAGCAGCCCGAGGUGUGCAAAUGGAACCUGCAGAAGCUGGCGGAAGCCCUGGAGCCCGAGCUGCCUCGAGAGCUGGCCGAGGCUGUCCUGGCCGAGGAGUUUGACGCCGAGUUCCAGCGGCACUACCUGCAGAAGAUGCGCAAGAAGCUGGGCCUCGUGGGGGCUGAGCACGAGGAAGACAGAGCCCUGGUGGCCAAGCUUCUGGAGACCAUGCACCUGACGGGUGCUGACUUCACAAACACCUUCUAUCUGCUGAGCUCCUUGCCCACCGGGGCAGGGUCUCUGGAUCUCAGCGAGUUCCUGGCCGCACUGACGGCGCAGUGCGCCUCCCUGGAGGAGCUCCAGCAUGCUUUCCGGCCCCAAAUGGAUCCCCGGCAGCUCUCGAUGAUGCUGAUGCUGGCUCAGUCGAACCCACAACUCCUGGCACUCAUCGGCACCCGGGCAGGCCUCACCAGGGAGCUGGAGCGAAUGGAGCAGCAGUCACGGUUGGAGCAGCUGAGCUCUGCUGAGCUGCUGAGCAAGAACAGGGACUCCUGGACUGACUGGCUCCGCGAGUACAGGACUCGGCUGGAGAAGGACAAGGAGGGUGCUGGUGACAGUGCCACCUGGCAGGCCGAGCGCCUACAGGUGAUGCAUGCCAACAACCCCAAGUAUGUGCUGCGGAAUUACAUCGCACAAAACGCCAUAGAGGCUGCAGAGAAAGGAGACUUCUCGGAGGUGCGGCGGGUGCUGAAGCUGCUGGAGACCCCCUACCCCCAGGAGCGAGAGGCCCCAGAGGCGCUGGAGGCCGCCGAGCCUCAGGGGGCAGGUAGGCAGGACUCCUACAGCAGCAGGCCCCCACUCUGGGCGGCAGAACUCUGUGUGACGUGAUCCUCCUAACUGCCUUGGGAGCCUCAACUUCUGGAGACCCCCAAGGCCUUGCAUCCUGCUGAAUCUGUGAGGUGGCGACCAUCUCUCUAUGACGCCAGAGAUGUCCAGUCAGGACCUGACCCGUCUCUGUCUGAUGCUGACUCAGCACUGCCUGCCCCCACGCCCUUGCUGUCGGUGAAAAGCUCCUCACACAAGGACAGUGACUCAGUCGAGGAUGGGGCCACAUGGACACGGCAACGCCCUCCCACCUCACUGUCUGGUGGGGGGAAGCCCCUAAUAAAGCAGCGGCUUCACCCAU